GCCGCGGCGGCCAAGGGGGCUCUGGAGGGCGCCGCGGGCUUCGCGCUCUCGCAGGUGGGCGACCUGGCUUUCCCCCGCUUUGAGAUCCCGGCGCAGAGGUUUGCCCUGCCCGCGCACUACCUGGAGCGCUCCCCGGCCUGGUGGUACCCCUACACCUUGACCCCCGCCGGCGGCCACCUCUCGCGACCUGAAGCUUCGGAGAAGGCGCUCCUGCGGGACUCCUCCCCCGCCUCGGGAACAGAUCGCGACUCCCCCGAGCCACUGCUCAAAGCCGACCCCGACCACAAAGAGCUGGACUCCAAGAGCCCGGACGAGAUCAUUUUGGAGGAGAGCGACUCGGAGGAAAGCAAGAAGGAGGGCGAGGCAGCGGCGGGAGCAGCCGGGGCGAGCGUGGGGGCGGCGGGGGCGACGCCGGGCGCGGAGGACUGGAAGAAGGGCGCCGAAAGCCCCGAGAAGAAGCCCGCGUGCCGCAAAAAGAAGACGCGCACGGUCUUCUCGCGCAGCCAGGUCUUCCAGCUCGAGUCCACUUUCGACAUGAAGCGCUACCUGAGCAGCUCGGAGCGCGCCGGCCUGGCCGCGUCGCUGCACCUCACCGAGACGCAGGUCAAGAUCUGGUUCCAGAACCGCCGCAACAAGUGGAAGCGGCAGCUGGCGGCCGAGCUGGAGGCGGCCAACCUGAGCCACGCCGCGGCGCAGCGCAUCGUGCGGGUGCCCAUCCUCUACCACGAGAACUCGGCGGCCGAGGGCGCCGCGGCCGCGGCCGCGGGGGCCCCGGUGCCUGUCAGCCAGCCGCUGCUCACCUUCCCGCACCCCGUGUACUACUCGCACCCGGUGGUCUCAUCUGUGCCGCUGCUACGGCCCGUCUGA